AUGCAGAAUGAGUUUCCUCCACUCGCGGCCGCCGGAAAUGCCACCACGGCAAAGUUGUCACGAUGGGAGCGCUUCUCAAGCAGGUUUCACAUGAGGCCUCCGGAGGACGAUGAGCCUCAGUCGUGGUGGAUUGCCUCGACCGCCAUUCCCCUCGUGGCUGCGGCUACUGGGCCUCUGGCCAACGUCAUGUCUAUUGUGGCACUUGUUAUGCCAUGGAGAAACACAAUCAUUUCUAGAGAGGACGGACCCGCCGGUAUUUUUGUCCAGGAGGGCUACAAGGACCCCCACUGGGUGACUGCAAUGAACGCCGUAUCGCUUUUCUGGGGCGUUGUUGGUAAUAUCUUUUUGCUGCUCAAUUUCACUCAGAAUGUUCGCUAUAUCAUCGCUUUACCCGUCACAAUUGUUUCGUGGUUCCUUGCUACGUCCAUUCUCUGUGGACUUACUGCAUCCCUGUCCAUUUACGGCCCACCCAUUCCACCAAAUGAGGUGUACUCGCAGGCAUAUUGGAGUGCUGUCAUUGCCGCUAUCCUCUAUUUUAUUUUGGGGUCUAUCUUGAUGAUCAAUAUGCUAGGCUACUUCCUGGGAAAAUACCCCCAGCACUUCUCUCUGACAGAUGACCAGCGGACACUCAUUCUACAAAUGACGGGAUUCGUGGUCUGGCUCCUCAUUGGGGCAGCUAUUUUUCAACGAGUUUUGAAUAUAUCAUUCGCUGACGCGCUGUAUUUCUCCGACAUCACCGUUUUGACCUUGGGGUUUGGCGAUGUGAUCCCACAUACUACUGUUGCGAAAGGUCUCAUCUGGCCGUAUGCGGUGAUUGGAAUCGUCAUGCUUGGUCUGGUAGUCGGCAGUAUCCACCAAUUUGCUCGCGAGGUUCACUAUGACAACGUCGUCCUCAAACACAUUGAGCAUAAGCGGCAGACUACGUUCGACAGAACUAUCAUGUCCGAACAACUUCGCAAUGCGCACGAGCCUCCGGAAAAGGCCAUAAUUGUCCCGAAACAUACGGGCCAUCGAUCCAGGUCUCAUCAUCACCGCCACCACCGGCAUCACAGACACGGCCCGAUUCAGAAUACCAUCAAUGCUCUGGCGCCCGGUCGCCGUCCCACGCUACUUGUUAUGAGGGAAGAAAAGGAUCGGUUUGACGCUAUGCGUGCGAUUCAAUAUGAGACAAUGCGCUUUCGCCGCUGGAACGACUUAAUCACCAGCAUCAUUGUUUAUGCAAUCGUGUGGACGGGUGGCGCCCUCGUCUUCUGGAGACUUGAAGACAUGACGUAUUUUAAUGGGUUGUAUUUCUGCUUUUGUUCGCUGAUCACUAUCGGCUAUGGAGAUUUCACCCCUCAGUCGAAUGCAGGGCGACCUUUCUUCGUCAUGUGGUCCCUCAUUGCUAUUCCAACCAUGACUAUGCUCAUCUCACAGAUGAGCGAUACUGUGGUUGCAGCAUACAAGCAUUCGACUGAGCGGUUCAGCGAUUAUUUUAUCAUGCCUCGUCAAGGGGCGUACAAAGGGAUUCUCGCACGAGUGCCUCUUCUUCGACAGUGGAUAGUAAUACGCCAGGAAAAGCAGCGGCUGAGACGCGGGUUUGAAGUCGGCACAGAUGCUGACGAGACAGCCCAAGAAGACGAUAGAGGGUCCGCAGCUUCGAACGCCCAAGACAGGGCCCCUGUCCUGCCGCUCCGUCCUCGAUCGGGCGAUGGACAUCCAUUACGAACAAUUGAAGAGCUCGCCCGCGAUGAAAAUCCAUCUCCCUUCGAACUUGCACAGCAACUUGCCUUUGCUAUCCGUCGCACUACACACGAUGUACGAGAAGGCAAACACAAAAGGUAUACCUAUGAGGAAUGGGUGGAAUACACUCGACUCAUUCAAUUUACUGAUCCGAAUUCGCGACCGAGAUCGUCCGCGGGUCAUGGCCAAGCUUUUCACAGCAGUACGAGCGUCGACGAGGAUGAAUACGGCGUCUUGAACUGGGAUUGGAUCGGUGAAAAUAGUCCCAUGCUGGCAAACCAGUCAGAACCAGAAUGGAUUGUGGAUAGACUCUGUGAGAGCUUGAUCCGCUAUGUGUCCACGCAGGAGCAAGCCCGGGUUGUAGCAGGAGGUCAGAAUGAUGAUGUAGUAGAGGAGCCUACACUGAGGAAGGAGAGGGAUCUGGGAAUUGAAGAGGCCUGA